AUGGAUGUACUAUUACUGAUUCCAAAUUUUUGCUAUGGAUAUGCACAACUUAUAUUCUCUCUUGCGAGAUAUGAAUCCGUCAUUGAUGCUUACUUGGAUGGCCUUGAGGUUUCUGGGCUAAGUGACCUCUCUAGAGUUACUAGUGUUGCUUCCUUCUUAGUUAGUCAAGUAGACAUACUUGUUGACAAGAUGCUUGAAAAGAUUGCUGCAAAUGCUCAAGCAGCUUUGGCUUACCAGCUUUACCAGAAAAAAUUCUUUGGUCCAAGAUCGGAGGCUCUAGUGAAGAAAGGUGCCAAGAAGCAAAGGCUGUUGUGGGCCUCUACCAGCAUCAAGAAUCCAGCCUACCCUGAUACUCUAUAUGUGACUCCUCUAGUUGUACCUAGCACGGUGAGCCAUCUUUUUAUAUUGACAGUUGUGGUUGGUUGCGGUCAUGUUUUUUACUUCUUGUACUUUCUUGAAUUUAUCUUAAAUGUUCAUAUAUACCGCCUCUUCUUUCCACAUGUUUCAACCAUGCCUGAUCAAGCUCUCCAAGCAUUUAUUGACCAUGAUACAGUUGCAAGGACAAUAGAUCUGAAUGUAUCUGAAGCAGAAGGCAUUUAUAAUGCCCUAGAGAAGUUGGGGAUUCACUGGAGCCAUGUUGGCUCCUAG